UUAAGAAACAAAACAUUGCAGGAUUAAAACCCGCGUAAUUUUUUUGUUAUUUUUCUUUCCCAAAUUUUUGUGAUCGUCUUUUAAUGGCUCUUGUUUUUUAAUUGUGUUUUAUUCUUGUCAUCAAAUUAUUUCCCAAAUUAACACCAUGGAUAAGUAUAAUCGUGUUAUUCAGGAUGUUACUGCAAUUGUUGAUUCUAUUGGUGAUAGCCGAAAAGAACCGGAUGAAAAUGGGAAAGACUACCGAUUAAGAAGUGACAGUGUUGAAUGUAUUAAGGAAUUAAUCCGAAUGCUGAAAAGAGAUGGAUCUCUUUUUCCGAUUUUACGUCACCUUGGUGCCAUGAAUAUUGUAGAGAAAGAUCUUCUACCUAUUGUGAGAAAUUAUUUCUUGGAAAAUGAAGCAAUUGGUGAAUACACUCUUCGUUUGCUCAAUCAGCUCACUUAUCCGGCUCUUAUGUAUUAUAAAGAAAAAAUGCCUGACAAUGUUGAACAUAAACGAGUCUUUUUGCAAAUCAAUGGUUAUCUUCGUGUAUAUAAAACAAAACUUUCCAGGGAUGUUAAAGUGUGGAAGGUGUUAAUCGAAAAAGCGUUAAGUAUCACAGCCAAGAAUGUUAUCGAUCAAUCAGAAGAAGAAAAGAUUUUACUAGAAAGAAUUUUAAUAUUUAUCAGAAACAUUUUGCAUGUGCCAAUUGACACAUUUCUCGUGCAUGGUGCUGAUGACGAUGAAAUGAUUGCCGAAGAUAUGAUCAUCACCUUUAAAGAGUCUGGUGUUCUCGAUGCUUUAAUUAAAUUAUCAUCUCACGAUGAAACUCAACCAUUCUGCUUCCAUCUUUUGGAAAUCAUCACAUCUCUUUUGCGAGCUCAAAGUCCUGAGUUCUUAACUUUAGAUGAAGAUCGAAGUAGUCAUGUAAACAAGAAACGCAAAACGUGUGCUGCUUUAGUUGAAAGUGAAGAAUUGGAUCAGAUAAAAGAACACGAGAAGAAAAUGAAAAAUCUCUCCCGCUUUUCCCGAUUCAAUCGCUUCAAGGAUUCAACUUAUCUAGUGAAAAAUUUCAAAUCUGUUGGUGAAAAUGAUUUGAUUUAUCAUAAAACCACUGAAGACCCUCGUAAAAUUAGUAUGGACAUUGAAAAAGCUGGAACAAAGAAACCAAAAAAUCGUGCACCUAUGCAAGAUGAUUGUUCUGUUCAGUAUAAUAAUAUUGGAAUCACAUUUCGUCGUCCAUCCAUAAAAGUACGGAAACUUUUGAAAGAAUUCUGUUCAAAAUUUGUGAAAGAAUCCUACAAUUCCCUUAUGGCAUACGUUAAAAGCGCAUUGGAAAACAAAAAUGCUAUAGCAAAUGAUGAAACAUAUUACUUUUUCACCGCACAUUUUUUCAUGGAAUUCAAUCGACACUCUAAAGGAGAUCCAAGUGAUAUCGAAGAAACUUUCAAUACUGAAUAUUUCCACUAUUUGCACACCAAAGUUGAAGAAUUUAUGGAUCAGAUUGCGAACGCUCGAUCUGACAGAGUCAGUAUAACGGCUUGGUCUAGAAGACUUCACAUUGCUCUAAAAGCAUACAAAGAGCUUCUUUUCACAAUUGCCUCGAUCAAACAUGCACAAGAAGAGCGACUGUUGUAUCUUGCUAAAACCAUGAGUGACAAAGUAUUCUAUGAACUCGACUACCGUGAACUACUGCUGAAUCUAAUUUCUGGUUAUGAUGAAAAAAAGAUGAGCCCACAAUUUCUGCGAGAUUUGAUUGAAACAAAUCACGUCUUCCUCAAAAUGUUAGAUCUUUACAGUAAGUCGAAUGAAAAUUUCGUGGUCAAGACAAAAAAGAAAAAACGCAGGAAGCCGACUGCUAAGAAAAAAAAGGAACAACAAAUGGAACUAGUCGAAAAAUUAUGGCAAGAAAUAGUCUUUGAAUUGGACGAGGCUAUUCAAGGGAAGACUGAAUUACCAAAUCCAGAUAAUGAGGUGGAAGUUCUUUCUUUUAAUGUUUUGUCUGAAGAGACUAGAGAUGCCCAGAAAGAAGAUGCCUUGUAUCGAAUAAGCAAAUUUUUAAAACAAAGAAAAAUUUUACUCGCUUUAGCACUUUGUAGAAAUGCACGAGAAGAAUACAACGAUUACGACGAUACACCUUUUGGAGCUCCAGACUUAUCUCCUGAAGAGGAAGUAGCUAUUUUGCACAGAAUUAUCGCUACUGAAAAGUGGAUUGAUCUAGAUAUGGAAGAACCAAUCGAGAAAAAUGGCAAAGAAAAUGCUGUUGCUGAUGAAAACAUUGCUGAAAAUCAGAAUGAAGAAGAAUUGGCUGAUAAAGAAAAAGAUCCAGUAUCAGAUUACGAAGAGGAGAAAGACGGUGAAAAUAAUGGAGUAGUAAACGAUGAAUCUGCUUAUCAAGAGCGAGCAUUUUAUCUUCGAGAUUUCGUUUUGAAAUACUGUAAUUCAAAGGUCGUAAAAGCUUAUUGCUUAGCGUUGAAAAAAUUCGAUAUAAAUUCGGAAAUACUUAAUCAUGCGAUACUUCGAAUGGCUCACAGAAUUGCCUUGGACUGUAAAUCUCCUGUUUUCUUCUUCCAGCUUUCAGUUUUCAGGAUAUUUCAAAGAUGCUUUGAAAUAAGCAAGUUAGAUAGAGACAAUAAAUUCUCAGAAAUAAGGAAUUUUGCAAGAUUCAUAAUCAAAGAGUUUGUUAGUCAAGCUAAAGGUAACGAUAAACUUUUAGUGGAAAUUCUAUUCUGGAAAAAUAAGAAAGAAAUGCAUGAAAUUGAAGAGAAUUAUGUUAAACCUGAACCAAAAGAGCGAAAACGCAAAGAGAAGAAAGGAAGGAAAGGAAAGAAAGGUGAAGAUGAUGCCAUUAACUCAACUUAUGAUUCCGACUCGGGAGAUGACCGGCCUGGUAAUCGAAAUGAUGAUCUAUCUGAGUUAUCAGAUGACGCAGAUGAAUUUAAUCCCAAAUUCCAAAGCACGCAAAUUCCAAAAGUUCCUGAAGAAAAGUCAAAAUCUCCUGAUGCGUCCGUUGCUGAAAAUAAUCCUACCAUUUAUGAUGAAGUCAUUGAUGUAAAUUAUGAAGAGCUUCAAGAUCAACCUGGAUCACUCAAUCCUUAUGAUCUCGAAGAUGAUGAUCUUAUUGAUAUGGACGAAGUAAUUAAUCAAGUUGCAGCCGAUGAUGACAGUCUUGACAAUGAUUUUGAAAAUGAUGUAAAUAAUGAGAAUUCUAUAAUAGGAGCAACCCAAAAUGAUUUAGCUGAUGAUUUAAGUGAUGCUGAAACCAUUGACGGUGAAGUUAUUAUUUCCAAGAGAAAGAAAAAUAUUGUUUUAGAUGAUAGUGAUGACGAUUGAUGAUGACUAAACAUCUAUCUGUUUUUAUUUCCAAUAAAGGAAUGUUAUUUUUCAUAGAAA